CAUACACCUGGAGCCUCCUUUGCAUCUCUCUACAAAGUAGUGUGACCUACAAACACCCACUCGUGCACAGCUGUCUGUCUUACAUAGUGUCUAAAGGAAGCUGCUGUAAACCCUGAGACGACGACAUCAGAGUUACUGUGGCACAGCAUGAACCCUAUCACUACAGGCUGGGGAGGAAGGGAUGGACGGAGUCUCUGACUCACACAGAGGGGUAUGCCAGAAAGAGGCUGGUGAGUUUGGAGUACUAGUGGGAUGGGGGCUACUGGGGCAGACCUGGACCUGUGCGUGUCUGCUGUUCCUAACCCCAAACAAAGUAAGUUCAGAGUUCAAGAAAUCAGUUUGAAGUUUCUCCAACUACCUACAUCUUUCCUUAAAAAAACAACUUUUAGGGGGAGGUUCUUCUAAUAUCCCCUCUCUUUUUCUCAGACCAGUGACAUCAGAGGUGGGCUGGGGCAUACCAAAAGAGACAGGGAGAAAAGGAGGUGGAAAAACAGCCUCCCUCCUCCAAACCCUCCUCUCCCUCUCCAGCCAAUCAUUUGUGAAAACAUUGAGGAACCAGAGCUCAGUAAGUAGAAGUAACCGGUAGUUUAGCCAUGGACAGAGAGCUCCAGCUCUAAACCCUCACCCCAGCCUCACUGAGCAAACAGAGAGGAGACUUUGCUGGGCAGCAGGCUUCAAACAGCAAGCUUCUGGAUUCUGAAGCGCCAGAGAUCUAGCCACAUGACAGAUGAGCACCUGUGUAAGAUGGGAGAAGUGUAGAUGAGCAGAGCCUGAGGAGGGGACUGAACUGGAGCACCGAGGCUCACUGAGGAUUGCUUGUCAAUACACCUACAUCUGCUGAAGGAUACGGUCUUACAAACACACACUUAGAGAAGCCCAGAGGAAGUCCAGGAGUCAUCCAGCCAGCCAGUAGAAGUACACUAUGCAGGGUGUGGUGGGGGUGAGGCAGGGAGUGUCGUGGAGCCUGUGUGCCCUGCUCUGCUUCUCUUUCUUGGAGCAGAGCCAGUGCAGGGGCUCCAGACAUUCCCUGGUUUCUCUAGCCUAUCCCCUGCUCAGGGCCAAACGAACUCCAACAGAGGACGCCAAGAAGUGCUCCUACACCUUUCUGAUUCCCCAGCAGAAGAUCACAGGCCCCAUCUGUGCCAGUGCAACGGGCCCCGAGCCGGACAAGGAGCGUGUGACACGGAUGGACAUAGCUGACGUAAGAGAGGUGCUGUCCAAGCAGAGACGGGAGAUUGAGACCCUGCAGCUGGUGGUGGACGUGGACGGCAACAUGGUGAACGAGAUGAAGCUGCUCAGGAAGGAGAGCAGGAACAUGAACUCCAGGGUGACCCAGCUCUACAUGCAGCUGCUUCACGAGAUCAUCAGGAAGAGAGACAACUCUCUAGAGCUGGCCCAGCUGGAGAACCGGGUUCUCAACGUCACCUCAGAGAUGCUGAGGUUAGCCUCGCGCUACAAGGAGCUGGAAGGGCGUUUUGCCGCGAUGGCAGGGGUGGUGAACAACCAAUCGGUGCUGAUCGCUGCGUUGGAGGAGCAGUGUCUGCGGACCCUGGGGCGCAGUGAGAUGCAGGUGGUCCCCCCGCUGGUCCAGGUGGUCCCAGAGAACAUCCCCGUCAACAGCCGCUUCACCAACGAGAUACAGAGGGAUCACAACAACCGGGCAUUCCCGCGGGGGUCACGCAUGGACUCCCCCACCGCCUCCCCAUUUGGACUCAACCCGCCACCACCGCAGGGCACGCUCACCUCAGACGGUCCGUUUAAGGACUGCUACCAGGUGCGCCAGGCGGGCCACAGCACUAGUGGGAUGUACCUGCUGAAGGCAGAGAGUAAUGAACAGCUGAUCCAGGCCUGGUGUGAACACAGCCUAGACAACGGAGGCUGGACCGUGCUACAGAGGAGGAAGGAUGGAUCAGUCAACUUCUUCAGGAACUGGGAGAACUACAAGAAAGGCUUUGGGAACAUAGACGGUGAAUACUGGCUGGGUCUGGAGAACAUCUUUAACCUGGGAAAGCAGGGGGACUACAAGCUGCUGGUAGAGCUGGAGGACUGGGUGGGGAAGAAGGUGUAUGCUGAGUACAGCAGCUUCCGCCUGGAGCCUGAGAGUGAGGGCUACCGCCUGAGACUGGGCACCUACCAGGGAAACGCUGGAGACUCCCUCAGCAGCCACAAUGGGAAAAUGUUCACCACGCUGGACAGGGACAAGGACGCUUUCUCAGGUAACUGUGCCCACUUCCAUAAGGGGGGUUGGUGGUACAACGCCUGUGGUCAGACCAACCUGAAUGGAGUGUGGUACAGCGGAGGGGUUUACCGCAGUAAGUUCCAGGAUGGAAUCUUCUGGGCUGAGUACGGAGGAGGAUCGUACUCCCUCAAGUCUGUCCGCAUAAUGAUACGACCUAUCGACUGAGCCUGGAACAGUCUCCACCCCACUAUCUAUGCCAUGACCUUUGUCCCAUCGUAAUCCCUACCCUCCCACCCCGUGACGUCUCAAAUUCUCCACCAAGCUACCCAUCAUCUUCACAUUCUUUUCCUUUCUUACAUUUUUAAGCGGAGCAGAGAAGCUGUUUUCAACUGUCGAGGCCCAAAUCCCAAAUCAAACUGCUCCAUGGAAACCCUGGUUCUUCUUCAGCCUCUCUGAAGGGAAGAUGACACAGCAUUCUGCUAUUGUUUCAGCUGUGCUUCUAUUGAGUCCUCUCUAGCAUGGCCAGACAGCCAUUUGAUAGUGCUGUGAAAGACAGCAGUGGACAGACAAAGUAUGAACUCUAACACAGAGCUAGCUGCCACGGCCUUCUACAACAGUCACUAUGUUAUACUCUGUAUGGUCCUCCACCAUGUCACACUUCAAUACGCUAUGAAGGUGGUUACAUUAGGAAUAUCAGAUGCUUAUUUCACAAAUGUUGACUGGAAAAUAAAUGGUUCAUUUUGCCAUUUUAUUUUGCUCGUCUCUAGCUGGGUCUGUUGCUAGUGAAUGCCUUUCUUCACAGCGUACUAAAGAUUUAAUAAGAAGUUCCUUAUGAUGUCAUUAGUUAAAACCGUUCCACAGUCAAAAGGUUUAACUCUCUCCCCCCCUCUCUUGCUUUGUUUGGGCUUGUUGUUUCGGGGUUCCCACAGAGAGGCAACGGAUUGUAACAAUGUGCUUUGUGAUGUGGAAACAGCCCAGCUCGCUUUGGUAUGUAAAUAUAUUUGGUUUUAUUUGCGAGAGUUAAUUUAAGACGUACGAUUCUGCUGAAGCCAAAUGUUUCCUCCAUGGUCUCUCCCUUCUGUUAUUUAUCAACGUAUUUAUAAUGAGUAUAGUCAGUCAGGCCCUGCUCAAGUUUGCCCUGGUAUGGCCUUUGUUUAUUCCAGUAAAAAAAAUUCAAACACCCAUCAGUACAGACAAACGUCAAGUUGACGGAGGUACAUACCUGCCACGCUCUGCCAUCACUUUCCAUGUAGUUAAAUACUAAAUAAAACAGUUUCUAAAUACCCUCUGUUCUCACCAAGCCUCACCUGGUCUGUCUCUCCUUCAACCACGCCAUGGCAAACAGUCAAUAACAUCCAGGACAUUGAGUGAACAUGGUGUACAGUCAGUCAAACUAGUAAGUCUGCUCGGUCACAGCUGGCAUUUACAUUAUACGUUUGAUUACAGAGCUGUAAGGAACAGAGAAGUAGUAAAAAUGGAGGAUGAUGAGUCUAUGGAGGAGUUCAUAAUGAAAGAAUGCAGCCGUGGAGAGUAGAGGAGGUGACGUGAGGGGGAGAGAGUAGAGGAGGUGACGUGAGGGGGAGAGAGUAGAGGAGGUGAC